AUGACGGCAGCGUCUGCACUCUCACAGCCGGGUUCAGAUGGAGUUUAUGUGACCAUGAAGAGUUCGACUCACAGCAUCGCCACCCAAACCAGCCAAACACCGUCUGCUGCAGCCGCCUUCUUCAUCAGGGCGGCUCAGAAGCUCAGUCUGUCCCGCAGGAAGAAGUCCCAGCCGGGCCCCGCCUCUCCACCCAGUGAGGCCCCAGGGCCCCUGGUCUACACUGGUGGCUUCAGUGGCGCCCUGCAGCUCUCCCCACCCGCAGUCCCACCAUGCCUCCUCCGGGCCGGGUCAAAGGUCAAGGACGCGCCAGGGAUGGGGAAGGUCCGAGUGAUGGUCCGGAUCUGUUCGGUGCACAGCAGCAAGUCCUCAGAGUCCAUGUCCCUGCUCAAAGUGGACAGCAGGAAGAAGCAGCUGACUCUCUGCGAGACGUCCGCCAGCGGACUCUCCGCCGCCGCCCCGAGGCGCUCCUCGACCUCUGCUCCAAAGACCUUCAUGUUCGACGCUGUCUUCUCCCAGGAUGCUUCACAGGCUGAGGUGUGUUCGGGGACGGUGGCCGAGGUCAUCCAGUCGGUGGUUAGCGGAGCGGACGGCUGCAUCUUCUGCUUCGGACACGCUAACUUGGGUAAGACAUACACCAUGAUUGGUCGGGACUGCUCCACCCAGAGUCUGGGCGUGGCUCCCACAGCCGUCUCCUGGCUGUUCAAGGUGAUCGAGGAGCGGAGGGAGAAGAGUGGAGCUCGUUUCUCUGUCCAAGUGUCCGCUGUAGAGAUCUCCGGUCGGGAGGAGACGCUCACCGACCUCCUGGCUGAACCCUCGUCCUCCUCAGCUGGGGGCCACCAGGAGGCCCUGGGGCCCGCGGUGUCACUGCAGGAAGAUCCCCUCUGUGGAUCCCAGCUGCAGAACCAGACGGAGCUGCGGGCGACCAACGCAGAGCGAGCAGCGUUUAUCCUGGACGCCGCCCUGGCAGCUCGGAGGAGCAGCCGGGCGCCAAGCGACCAGGAGGCUCGGAGGAACUCGCACUUCCUGUUCACCCUGCACCUCUACCAGGAGAGGCUGGAUAAGAGCAAUAAGGCAGCAGGUCGGUGUGUGUUUGUCUUGUCUGGUCGGAGCCGUCUCCACCUCCUGGAUCUGGGAAGCUGUGAGACAGACAUCAGCAGGACCAGAGAGGGAGGCGGAGGUCAGUGUCUGUCUCUGUCCGCGCUGGGAAACGUCAUCCUCGCCCUCGCCAACGGAGCCAAGCACGUUCCCUACAGGGACAGUAAGCUCACCAUGCUGCUCAGUGAAUCCCUGGGAAACAUCAACUGUCAAACCACCAUGAUCGCCCACAUCUCCGACUCCCCGACAAACUACAUGGAGACGCUGACCACGGUGCAGCUUGCCUCCCGCAUCCACCGCAUGAGGAAGAAGAAGUCCAAGUAUGCCUCCAGCUCAUCCGGAGGGGAGAGUUCCUGUGAGGAAGGCCCGUCCCAUCGACCUCCUCAUCUGCGACCUUUCCACAUACGGACCAUGGCCCUUGACCCAGACACGCCACUGCUGCUCUCCAGCGACCCUGACUAUUCCUCCAGCAGUGAACACUCCUGCGACACCGUCAUCUACGUCGGGCCUGGAGGAACGGCCAUCUCAGACCGAGAAUUAAGCGACAACGAGGGACCACCGUCCUUUGUUCCUAUCAUCCCCUCCCUGAAUAAAAAGCGAGUCAAAGAUGCACCCAGGUCUGAUGGGGAUCACUUCAAGUGUAACACAUUUGCAGAGCUGCAGGAGAGACUUGACUGCAUCGAUGGCAGCGAGGGCCCGGCUGUGUUCGGCACAGAGGGCAAAGCACCACAAGCAGCAGCGCUCAGGACUCAGACUGGAGCCGCUAAACCCACAGAGGCAACUUCUCCACCCAAAUCUGAUAAGAACUCCUCCCACAGGUUCUUAGAAAGCACACCAACAACAAGCACAAAUAAACCAGAUCAGGAACAAUCCAAAUUCCCUUCAGUCGGUGGCCUCAUGGACAGUUCCAAACGAACUAGUGCAGAUGGGGAGAAACUAUCAGCCCCCUUUCAGCCAUGUGUGGUGAAGUCCAGUGGAUUUUUUCCCCAGGACUUAGAACCUGUUGUGCGAGAGAAGGUCUACCUCAAAGGAGGUGUACCUAAGCCGUCGGCCUCACCAUCCUUACCCAGGACAUUCAGGGCUGCAUCUCAGCCUGGGGAGGUUGUCGGCAGGACUCCCCCUGUGGGUAUGAGUCAACAAGCACUGAGGCAAGACCAACCAGUGGGGUCCCCUAACCCGGAAAGGGUCCCUCAUACAAGCAGAAGCUCUAUGGAGGUGAACGAUCUUCGGGCAACUCUGUUAGGAAGAUGCCUCGACAGGGAUUUCCUGAGGACGACGGUUACACUGCAGCAGCCUGUGGAGCUCAACGGGGAGGAUGAGCUGGUGUUUACAGUUGUAGAGGAACUUCCUCAUGCCCUCAUCCCCGACAAUGGCCACCCCUCCAACCUACUCAGCUUCAACAGUGACUGCUCUCUGCAGGCAGUAGCCUCUGGCUCCCGCCCUGUAAGCAUUAUCAGCAGUAUUAACGACGAGUAUGAUGCUUACACAUCUCAGCGAGGAGCUGUGGGACCCAGGGCUGAGGUUGGCACCGCGUGCCAGGAAAUGCUAGUUUCCCAACAUGGCCACAAGCAAUCAGCUGUUGGCUCUUGGCCCAGUGAAGUGAGUGCUGAAUCAUCUGAAAGUGAAAGCAUUCAUUCAAUAAGAAGCCUUUACUUGAGGGACAAAAACAUGUCAACAGAGAGUGCAUCCACACUGACCUCGGCAAGUAUAUUUCUUAAACAGCCAUUUUUGCAGCAUGGCAUCAAGAGCUCCCUGAAUGACAGUGGCUGUUUCUCAGAGCUGGACAGUAACCACGCUACUCCAAACAAACCUUCCUUUACCAAGUGUCCUCCCUCCCCUGACUCAACCAAAGCCUCUCUCAAAGGCUCUCUCAAAAUGAGAGCCAAUACUCUAAACACUUCAGCCCAGAACCCCCAUCACACCACCCAUUCCAGUCUUCCCAGAAAAACCAAGCCUACCUCAUCUGCAACUGUGAGCUGCAGCAGACAGGAAGGCAGACAUGAUGACUUUUUGCUUCAGGGAAGUAGUGACUGUGAUCCCAGAGAGGUUGAGUUUCUGUCUGCAGGUAAGCCACCAAGAAGUGGCAUGAGUAGUGUUUCCUCUAAAAGGGCCGGAGUAAACAGUAACAGUGUACCUCAACCCCCAAAGGCACAAGGGUCAUCUUCAGCUCAGAGGGUUGUGGAUGGUUGUGAGAGGUCCAGCAGCAGGAGAGGAGACACUCUCAUCAAGGUGCCACGACUCACUCGAGGUGCAACGACUCUAGGAACUGUUUCCAUUCCUCAGAGUUGUGAAUCAAAAUGGGGUCAUGAGGGCACUUCAGUAAUGGGUACCCUGAGGUUUUCAUCCUUGGGAAAAAAGUCAAAUGAGCAGAAGAGCACCGUCAUAUUCAAGUCUGGAUCUGGAAACAUCUCUACUCCUGCUCCACCUGUCAGACAACCAAGCCAAGAACAAAAGACAAGGACUGCACUAUCUCCAAGUGCCUUAAAAACAAGCAGUGACAUUGGAAAGUCCUCAUUUCCUAAAACAUCGACCUCAGAGGAAGAAUUCAACAGGCUGCGGGCAGAUUCUUUCAGCCACAGGACAUCAAGUGUAAAACCUGAACAUUGCUCUGCCAGGACAUCUUCUAGCCUGAAGACUCGUGGGGCCAAAGCAGAGUCCUCCAGGUACUACGGCAGUCUGAUGUCUCUGGAAAGAUGCGACAGUCAAACUUUAGCUGGGUCCAGGCAUGAGCUGUUCAGGGAGAACAGUGGUGCUACUUUAGGAGGCAACGGCAGGUCCAACAGAUCAGUGCCAAGACUGGGGCUUCCAGCAUCAGCCUCCACAUCUGCUGCUGCUUCUUCCCAAGUUUCUCCUGGUGUCUUUGCAAUUACAAGCAAACUGGGGCAGGUCAAAGGCAACAGCAGCUCGCGAGCAGCAGUCUCUGUUGGAUCAAAGGUUCGGACCCUGUCUACCAGUAGUUCCAAGAGCCUGAGCACCUCCUCUAAACCUCUUGAUAAUGUAGUUGGUCGCAACACCAGCCUACCUCCAACUAGUAAGUCCCCAGCUCGGUCAGGGACGGGAGCCAAGAUGGGAAGAGGCACCAUCAUGGGCACAAAGCAGGCCAUCAGCAGGGCGGCUAACAGCCGUGUUAGUGAGCUAGCCACCGGGAGCCCAAGGAAGCAGCUCAGCAGGGGGCCCGGAGCAACAGGAAAUGAUGGCACUGACAGUGGGAUGAGUAGUGUCAGCGAAUCACCAAUCAACACGCCACUACCGUCACCUUACAGCAAGAUCACUGCGCCUCGAAGGCCGCAGCGUUACAGCAGUGGGCAUGGCAGUGACAACAGCAGCAUUCUCAGUGGGGAGCUGCCCCCCGCCAUGGGUCGCACCGCCUUGUUUUACCACAGUGGGGGGAGCAGCGGCUAUGAGAGCAUGAUCCGAGACAGCGAGACCACUGGCAGCACUUCAUCAGCUCACGACUCCAUGAGCGAGAGUGGAGUGUCCUCGUCCAAUAGAAGCAGAGUUUCUAAAUCGCCCAAGAAGAGAGGAAAUGGUUUCCAGCGGCGGCGUCUGAUCCCAGCUCCCCUCCCGGACACCUCCUCUCUGGGCAGGAAGGUGGGGGGUCAGUGGGUGGACCUGCCACCGCUGGGGGGCUCCCUGAAGGAGCCCUUCGAGAUAAAGGUGUACGAGAUCGACGACGUGGAGCGCCUGCAGAGGAGGAAGGAGGAGCAUCAGACUGAGCAGCCCUUCCACGACGUGGAAAAGGGUCUGCUGUACUUUAAUGCCCGGCUGAGGAUGCUGGAGAAGAGGCAGCAGCAGAUCAGAGAGCUGAAGAGCAAACACGAGAGGCUGAAGGUGGAGCUGGAGGAGGCCAAGAGCCGGCUGAUGCUGGACCCGAGCAAAUGGAGCGGAGAGUUUGACGUGGACCAAGACCUGGACCGGGAGUCCCAGGAGUAUCUGGAGGCUCUGGCUCAGGCCACGGCAGAGCUGGAGUACUGCGUCAACCUCUGCAAGUCCCGCGUCAUGAUGGAGACCUGCUUUGACAUCGCCGUGACGACGGCCGCCGCCGCCGUGCAGGGAGGGCAACAGGAAGUGGAGGUGUGAGAGGUUUCUUAAAAGAGCUGGAUACUGCCCCGCCCCUGUGGUCCCUCCCCUGACCCACCACAGACCGCCGCUAUAAAAGAGUCUGACAGCACGUCCACAGUGGCGAUGAUUACUCUCUGUAUCAUCUGUGUGGAGCCAUGUUGGUCCGUCAGUGAAAUAUCUACAACAACUUUUGGACGGAUCGCUGUGAGGAUAUCGUUAUCUCUGAUCAAUAAACCAUAAAUCCACAGAAAAAAGACGGUUCUUACAUCUGCAGAACCUUCAUGUUUCCUUCAGUGUCACAGGAAUCAGCUGGGGAGACAUCUGAGGAGCAUUUACAGGGUCUCGUUCUCCAGAUAGGCUUCAUAAGCCCCACCCCUUCCUCCUCUGUUCUCCAAUCACAGCUGAGCAAGAUAUGCUAUAUGCUAAGCUAAUCUAUGCUGAAAAGACAACCACAUUUUGAAGAUGGUUAUAAGAUAAAAGACACAUAUAUAUAUAGACACAUCUUAAGUUAGAUAAUGUUAGCAAUAUGCUAGCUAAUUAGCUAGUGAAUCUACAUCAACCAUUAGCUAUCUAUCUAAAUGUGGUUUUCAACAGAUAACAGAUUAUCUUAGCAUAUAGCAUAUCUACAGGAAGCAAAUUAUUUGCCCCAGGAUGGUGAAGUCAUGACAAGCCCUACUCUCUGAUUGGCUGGUACUCAUAGCCUUUGUUGGGUGGUUGGUUGAGUUUACGUAUGAGGAGUGGGAUUGGUCAGGGUUAGCCAAUCAGAGGCGUGACAGGAAAUGAGAAAGUUGACCAGCUUCCAAACAACGUAGGAAGGGUCAAUAGUUUGUGUUGUCAUACUGGUUCUCAAAUAGCCCUUUAUGUAGAUGUUAGCAUGUUAGCAUCUACAAGAUUAACGUUUUUUUUACUAUUUUCACACAAAAGUCAAACAAGAGGGAAAAUAAUUUCAAAUAGGAGUUGAAGGAGGGAGCAGGAGGUAAAAACAUGAGGCUCAUCCAGAUUACGCUCACUGACCGGAGGCUGAUUAAUGUGUGAAACAUCCCAACAGAGGACACGCUGCAGUAUCCAGUUCUUAUAAUACGUCACUUUAUCCAACAGCUCUGGACACAGGAAGUAAAGACAGGACGCGUUGGUGACGAGUUUCUGAAGGAAAAUCGAACGUUUGUGGAUUCAUCUGAUGUUUGUUCUCUCUGGAGACGUCUGGAGGAACUCCCUGCUGGUCCUGGAUCAGAU